AUGACCACAGAUGUAGUAGAAACACCACCCUCUCUAGUUCCAGAUGCCCCUCCAGCCUUACCGCCUAGAGACGAAAAGCCCAACAUCAAACCCAUCUACGGCAUGUCCACCUCUUUAUCCACGACGUUCAUAUUUCGCCAGAGCGAGGCUUACGGAAUGCCCCGGAUGUCGCCGCAGACCAGCGUGUACACCACUAGUCCAUUGGACUUUGAUGAAUUGGUGGCAUCACUGGAAGAGAAGGACGACUACUGGCUCGAUGUGAUUGGCUGCUACAACGACGCCUUUGUGAGACGCAACAAUAUUCCUGAUAUCGAAGAGCGGAUCCUAAAAGGCAUCCCGGAUAGCCUUCGUGGUGCAGUCUAUGCUAGAGUACUCCAGAUCAAGACUAGUGUUGAUAAGGGAACAUACGCCAACUUGUUGAAAAGUGCCAGUGGCGCUAAAACAGACGAUGCGGAAAUACCGCUUGACAAGGUUGACGAGGAUGCGUACGAGUUACUUCGCGUGUUUGAGUUUUGUAUUCGUGAAUCUGCACCUAUUGCCCACCAAGAGUCGAGACAUCGCACGUAUCACUUUAUCGCUGGAUUGACUCCCCUUCUUCAAAAGCACAGCGGUUUAGAAAACCAUGAUGUACUUUCCCUCCUUUUCCGCUUUGCCGAGCUCUAUCAACGGUUUCCCAUUGAUGAGUUUGCGUACAAGGGCUCGAGGGCUUUGGAAGAUGUAGCCAAAGACCAGUUCCUUCAGAUUGUCACCCAGGGCAUUAACAUUGAGGAGCUCAUGAAGAAGUUCCUCGCAGAGUUCUAUGUGCUCCUCUCCGAUGAUGCCGUUAAAUUGAAGGUUCUAGACUUUAUUGUGUUUGAAGGCUUUGACAGUCUCAUACGCUUGAUUGUAGCCCAGUUCGUCCUUCAAGAGAGAGAGAUCACCGCCAAAAAUGGGACUGAGCUCGCGAAAUAUCUACUUCGCGAGGGAUUGUUCUCGUCCAUGGAUAUGCAAACACUACAGGAAUGGAUCAAGAUCGAGUUCCCAUUGAUCGUAUACGAAAACGAGUAUCAUCUCAUGAAUGCAAAUGCAAUUUCCAGCAAUGACCAGGAACUCUCGAAUUUGAAAGAGGUUUACGAUGAUCUUGUGACAAAGAAAAACGAGAUGAUAGAAAAACUAAGCAGUCUUCGCAAAACCCACAGCGAGAUCCAAUCGCAAAAUGACGAUUUUAAGGACCAGCUAGAAAAGGCUGAGGGCGAGCGUACGAAACUCACCGAGAUGUUCUCAGAUCUACAAGAACGAUACUCUCGCUUGACAAUGCAAGAGAACCUCCAAAAUACCGUCAAGGCAAACGAGGAUAUUUCCAAGAGCAAUUCUGAGUUAGAGUUACAAAUCAAUGAGCUUGAGGCGGCUGUUGAAAAGAAGAAAGCGAAGCUUGCCAAGCACGCCCGUUAA